GCCCCGGGGCCGGCGCGGCCGGCGGCGGGGUCGGGGCGGCGGGCAUGAUGCGCACGCAGUGCCUGCUGGGGCUGCGCACCUUCGUGGCCUUCGCCGCCAAGCUCUGGAGCUUCUGCAUCUACCUGCUGCGGAGGCAGAUCCGCACGGUAAUUCAGUAUCAAACUGUUCGAUAUGAUAUCCUUCCUUUAUCUCCUGUGUCCCGGAAUCGGCUAGGCCAGGUGAAGAGGAAGAUCCUGGUGCUGGAUCUAGAUGAGACACUUAUUCACUCUCAUCACGAUGGGGUUCUGAGGCCCACAGUCCGACCUGGAACACCUCCUGACUUCAUCCUCAAGGUGGUGAUAGACAAACAUCCCGUCCGUUUUUUUGUCCAUAAGAGGCCUCAUGUGGAUUUCUUCUUAGAAGUGGUGAGCCAGUGGUAUGAACUUGUGGUCUUUACAGCAAGCAUGGAGAUCUAUGGCUCUGCUGUGGCAGAUAAACUGGACAAUAGCAGAAGCAUUCUUAAGAGAAGAUACUACAGACAGCACUGCACUUUGGAGUUGGGCAGCUACAUCAAGGACCUCUCUGUGGUCCACAGCGAUCUCUCGAGCAUUGUGAUUCUGGAUAACUCUCCAGGGGCUUACCGAAGCCAUCCAGACAAUGCCAUCCCCAUCAAAUCCUGGUUCAGUGACCCCAGUGACACGGCCCUCCUCAACCUGCUUCCAAUGCUGGAUGCCCUCAGGUUCACCGCUGACGUCCGCUCUGUGCUGAGCCGAAAUCUUCACCAACACCGGCUCUGGUGACAGCUGCCCCCCCUCCACCUGAGCGGGGUGGGGGGGAAGGAGGGCGC